CCACCCUUCCAUUGGUGGCAAUGACUCAACCAAUAACAAGCCAUUACUCACCUAGUAAAUUUCCACUUACAAUUGGCACCACAACGUGUGGUACCCCUUCCCUCCACUCAUUCAAAAAAUGGCGUCAGAAUGGUGCGAAGAAAAACUUUCCGAGCUUUCCAACGAAGAUACCCGCAUUCCAGUCCUAAAAGAAAUGAAGGAUUUUCUCACCACCAUCCCCCGUGAAGAAAUGACCCGAACGGCCAAUUCGCUCCAGCUCCCGGUGGUUUUCGACUGCUUAAACGACUCAAACAGUGAGCAGGUGGACUUGGCGUGCGAGGUCCUCACACUGUGUAUGACGAACCUAAAUCUGGGCGAAAGUACGAAUAAAUAUGGAGUGUUUUUAGAAAGGGCUCUGAAUCACCCCUUUCCUGGGGUGAAAUUAAUGGCUUUGAACGAGAUUAAACGCAAUAUAGAGAACGAGGAUAUCCUUGUGGAUUUGUGUAAAAGGGAGUCGUUGUUGAUUAACGUGAUUAGGUGUGUGGGGGAUGGGGAUUUGGGAGUGGCGAAAAUGGCGGCUGAGGUGGUGCAAGAGGUGGGGCUGUCGGCGGCGGGGAUUAAGCAGUUGACGAACGUGGAAGUCUUAAAGGCGCUGCACGGCGUCAUGGGAAUUAACGAAAUCGUCAGGUUUAGAGUGUACGAAUUCUUGAUACACAUCAGCGUGCAAUCCGAAGUCAAUUUCGACUUGCUCAAGUCCACUGGAUUGUUCCCCCAGAUUUUAAGCGAACUCGACAAUAAUGAUAUUUUAUUGAGGCUGAACGUAGUGGAGCUUUUGUCGCAGCUAGGGUUGACCAAACACGGCUACGGAUAUUUAGAAUUAAAUGACACUUUGAAAAAAUUGGCUCUUAUGUUGGACGGUGACGACUUAAUCACCGUUCAGUUGUGUGAACCGGGAAUUUUAAAAUUUUUCGGUAACAUGGCACACUGGAAACCCAUGGAGCUCCUUUCAAAGUACCCGAAUCUCUACCAAAGAAUGUUCACUAACUUAGAUAGUACCGACUUUACGAUUGUCGGCGUUUCGGUGGAAACUCUAGGUCACAUAGGGUUGUCAAACGACGGUAAAGUCGCUUUGGACUCAACCGGGGCUUCCAUGGACAAUGCGAUCAGAAGCAUUUCAAAGUCGCUUCCGUCGAUGCCCAGCGAAGUUAAAGUUCGUGGUUUACAAUGUUUGGAAAAUCUCCUGCAACUACUGGAACCCAAUAACCAAAUUAUGAGUAUCACCCAUAAAUGGUACAGUCUUCUGGAUAAUACUCCCAUGGACUUUAUUUGGAAUUAUGCUAAAAACCCGUUCUCUGAGUUGAGGUUGGGGGGGUUUGGGGUGUUGAGAGGUAUAGCGGGGCAGCCGUGGGGGCAAGAAGCUAUUAAAAAUUACCCCGGUUUGGUUGAAUUUUUGCUUGACCGAAGCGUGGAAACGAUAAAAGAGUGCAAAGAAGCGAAGUACGCGAUUGUGGAAUUGUUGGCCAGGAGCGACGUUUUCGACCCAGGAACCCUGAAGAAGUUGCACGCUUUUGUCAAAGAGGGGCCUUUUUAUGUGCGCGCUGUUACAGAAGUUGCCAUUGAGGGAAAUGAUUAAUUUAUUUUUUUAAAAUAUAUAAGUUUGUAAUAGACUAUUUUCUACUAAUAAACUAAAUGAAUGUGU